ACGGGUGACAUACCCGCAGCAGGUAUCGCUGAUGUUCAGCUGCAACUGUAUAAAGUGAACCCUAAUCACCAUCGUGCCUUUCAUAAUCAUGGCACUUGUAUGAACACACCCUCGCCAAAUGUGAAGAUUUGUAAAAAUGGGUCAACGUCAGAUGGUUUUCCAAGUGAGGUAUGCCUAGACAAACAAACUACUAAUUUACUUUUCUAAUUAACAAUUAUUCCUCAAGCCCGAAUGGGCUCUGAGUCAAUAGACUGAUUUAGCAACAGGACGGGAACCUCAGCUGACGACGGGAAAGCGCGCGGAAAGGACUAAACACGUCUUCCGGUGCUCAAUUUGCCGCUCUGCCAUUGGUCAAGCCAGUUGUUUGAUUUACGCGCGCCGUCGUCAACUGACGUUCCCGUUCUAUUGCUAAAUCAGUGUAAUAGCCCAUGAGGCCGAAGGCCGAAUUGGCCAUGAGGGAGUGAGGCCAUGAGGGCGAGGGGAAUAAUUGUUUUAGUAAAAUCCAACAAGUUGGUCAAAAAUAUCGAGACAAAACAACUUUAGCUAGCAAAACGCGAUUCAUCCGCCAUUGUUUUGGUUUUUAAAGCCGGUGCUUUUCGCUACUAGUGGGCUAUAGCAUAUAGCCUAGUAGUAGCUCAACCAAUCAGAACGCAGCAUUUAUAAUAGACCACUAGUUAGAUUUUACUAAUGGCUCAUAUACCAUGACGGUAUGCAAUCAGAGCUCUAGAAUUGCAUUAUCCAAUUUUUAAUAAUUAACAGUUAUUCAUUGAAAUCGAGGGUAAUAGUGGCUGAAUAUAUUUACCGAGGGACGAAGCAGCGAGGUAAAUAUUCCUAAAGCCACUAUUCACCGAGAUUGAAAAGAAUAAUUGUUUUAGUAUAUACACACUAAGUGAUCUCAACAAAAUCAGAGAGGAAACCGUUAAAAAUUACGAUUUGAUUGACGGAUCAAAUCACGCGAAAGUUUAAAAAUAGGUCUUUGCAGAAUUUUCAAACAUGGCAAUGACAAGUUUAUCACUUCGCAAACAACAGCGUAAUGGCUUAAAUGGAACCGUUAAAAGUUUGAAUUGUUUACUUACCUGAGAAGAAAAGUAGAGCCUUGUUGUUUUCUGUUGACUCGCCAAGUUUAUAGCCAAAAGGGUUUGUUUUGUCGUUUUUCGCAUGAAGUGCGGUAAGACGUCGUCUUCCUGUACUAUUCUUUUUCCUAUUUACUUGAAACUUAGAAUUUUUACAAACAUUUGCUUUGAAAUUUGUUUGUCAUAAAUAAACUUCGAUUUUUGGGCCAAAUGUUCUUGUAAUGAAACGCUGAGUUCACGAAACGGCUACUUCUGCGCGAAUAAAUGGGAGUUGUAAACAAUUCAUCGAGUACAAACUCAGCUACAGUAAAUGGAAAAACGCAGUUUUGAAUCCUUCCAAGUCUUUUCUUGCCUUAAAAAGGUCAACCCUAGGAGUUUGUCGACUUUUAAAAGAUCGUUCUCUUAAAAUAAUGGGAAAAACACUGAGCUCACACAUUAUCCACUCGCUAGGAGGUGAAUAUUGUUGAAUAGUCCGAGAUAGCGAACCAGUCAGAUUGCUUGAGUGUGUAUAUACUAAUAAUGAUUAUUAUUGACAACAAUCAAUUCAUUAAUAUGUGGACAAUAGAUAUUGUAAUCUUCUACACAGCCGUUUGCGUUGCGUGAAAACACUGUAAACGGCUGUGUAACAGACUAAACAGCAGGUAACGUGAAAUGCCUCAAACUACCAAAACAGGUAGACCUGCACGACUUAAUAUAUAGAUUUAGCCGGGGCAGAAACUUCCGUUUCUAUACUUAUGAUAAAAGCAAUCAAAUUAAAGUAAUAACAUGAACUCAAAGCCAAAAAAAAAAAAUCUUCACAUCCCUAAGAGCCUUCGGCUUCAGACACCUUUAGAGGGAGAGGCUAAAUGAUUAAGAAAAUAUAUCCCGCAAACAAACCUGAAUUGAAAAAAAUUGUUAAAUUGUAGGUCUCUUAAGUAGCAGCAAUUUACAGGUUACGAUUUCUAGGGUCGGUGUUUCUGUGUUUAAGGGAAGACCUAAAAGGAAAAUCAGGCCGACUUAAGGGCUUUUGUCCUCCCGUAAGCCCAUUACAUUUUCUCUUCUUCUUUUUUUAAACGGGCCCGGACGAACAGUGUAGCCUUUACAUUUAUAUCUCACAACAUCUGAAAGAAAUUUUUACCGUGAGGUGUAUAAUAUUUUCUCUGAGGACAGACAUAGGAAAGCAAACGAUAACUUUCUUCGCUACUAAUGAUUAUAAUCCGAUCUUUCAUUACAAAUAUAAAUGUUAAUACAGCAACUUCCAAUUUUUAUUAUUAAAAAAAAAAAGACAAACUUGGGCUCGAAAAGCCGAGGAGUCUGUCCGUUUUACAAUAGAGGAGAUCUCUUCCAUUUUUUAGAUAAGCUCACUUUUUUAGUGAGAAUAUAAAGCCGUUAACAAACAACUGAAAACAAUCGCAGUAAACUUAAAGCCCCAUGUUCACCCAAACGGCUUUGCGCGCUUGUGUUUUUGUUUCAAAACGAUUCUUUUGUCAAAUGCAGUGUUUUGAUUGGCUUCCACUUUUGAGGAGCGUUGCGUGACGACACUAAAAACGACUGCUUGACCGAAGCUUACAGAGACAGUAACAAAGAGGCUUGUAAGACUUUAAUUCUUUUCCGAAUGGAGAAAGAUACACUUUUUUACACACUUCAGUUUUAAUUCAAGAAAGGGCCCGUCUGAAUGUUUCUAAAAGUCUCAGGAUCUGUAGUCUCAUGGUCGUUUUGGAGCUAAUGUUAUAAAUGAACAAUGACAGAUAAAUAGACAGAGAGAGAGAGAGAGAGAAAGAGAGAGAGUCGUGGGUUAGAGGACAACAAACGUGCCCUCUUUACAAUACUUUAACAUGUGAACAGUAAGCUCGGACGUCAGCAUACAAAGGCGCCACUGGCAGCCGCUCUCAGUCCAUUACCAACCCAACCCGUGAUGUGAAUGAUGUGACAUGUGAAGGUUGACCACAACACCGGGGUCUACGUCCCCUACUCUUUUCGAACAGUGGUGUGGGUUCUUUAACGUCCCACAAGAACCAGGUAAGUGUAAGUGCUGUGAGACGGGACCUACGGUUUUUCGUCCUUAUCCGAGAAGACUAGAAAGUCUAACCGUUUUCAGAUGUCGUUACAAAGGCAGCACUUUCUUCUCAGUUAUUUUAAAGACCCUGAGUGUUGGUCUGGCCGGGGUUCGAACCCGUGACCUCCCGCUCAGCAAACCGGCGCUCUCCCAACUGAGCGAACCAGGCGUAAUUUCUUGAAAAUUUUUAUUCACAAAGUUAAUCCUAAAGGCAAUUCGCGUAAAUCGGUCGAGCACAUGGCAAAAAUCAAUUUUAAAUGCACAUUUUGUGGUUUUUCUUUCACGCCGAUGUCAAAAUGUAGAAAACGUCCAUGAAACCUUUCUUAAUUCAAAAAUUCCGUUUUCAAAUCGUACUUUCCUUCGAUCAUAGAGUAGGGAAUGUACCUCAAGUGUCUUCAGAAACCUCGCUGCCUUGGUUGGUUCGAAACAAGCCAAGCGUAUUAAGAAUCUAAUUUUUUUUAAAAAUUCGGUUCAAAUAAUCAAGAUAGAGAUUCGAAGAUUUGGAAAAAAAAUGUAAGGUGAAAUUACAACUGUAUUACCAGGGAAAUUGCUCUUUGUUGGCAAAUUAUUGGGAGUUUGAACAAUAAAUGAUUUUAUAACAGUAAAUUAAAUUGUAAUAAUUGUAUUUUUUUAAAAAAAAAACACACACACAGGCGUCUUCGCAAAAUAGCGAAAAAUCACACGAGAAGAAGAAAAUUGCUCCUGUUGCAUGGAUGAUACUUAUUGGUGAUGCUCUUCACAACUUUAUCGAUGGGUUGGCCAUUGGUGCUUCAUAUUCCAGUUCAAGAUUUAUUGGUGUCAGUACUUCCCUUGCGAUAUUCUGUGAGGAGCUGCCACAUGAACUUGGUAAGUAGUAAUUAAAGCUAUUCUCAUACAUACCAGAUAGCUUUUACUCCUGCACGAAAACGACACCGGAUAGGGCUUCUGUUCACACAUACGAACGGUGAUUUUGGCGCGAUUUCUGUAACGGAGCGAAGCUGCGCCGCGCCGAUCUCGUGAGAAAAGUGGAGAGUUACAUACCUGGAUAGGUGUUCACACUAAACCGGAUAGCUUUUCGUGUCGGCACGAAAAGUUAUCUGGUACUGAGUGUGAAUAGUGGAAUAUAGAAACGUUAUCAAAAGAACUACGAGCAGCAAAGUAUAGGCCUUUUGCAUUACUUAGUCACGUGAUCAACUUUCAGUAAACCCAAAAACAGUUCGCUUUUGAACAAUUUUGUUAGCACGAGCUGAAAGAGCAUAUUAAGAUCAGGUAACCCGUAAAUUUUCAGCCAUAUAUCUCANUCACAACUUUAUCGAUGGGUUGGCCAUUGGUGCUUCAUAUUCCAGUUCAAGAUUUAUUGGUGUCAGUACUUCCCUUGCGAUAUUCUGUGAGGAGCUGCCACAUGAACUUGGUAAGUAGUAAUUAAAGCUAUGUUCAUACUAUAGGUGGUUUUCAUGCAAUCUCGGGAGAUAACAAUGGUGAAAUGAACAAAUGCUGGUGGACAAACAAAGCGAGCUAAUGAGCGAUCUUUUGUUUACCGUCCACUAGCAUGGCGGCGAUGACGUAACGUGAAAACCACCUAUACCAGAUAGCUUUUACGCCGGCACGUAAACGACACCGGAUGGGGCUUCUGUUCACACAUAAGAACGGUGAUUAUGACGCGAUUUCUGUAACGGACAGAAGCUGCGCCGCGCCGAUCUCGUGAGAAAAGUGGAGAGUCACAUAGUGGAUAGGUGUUCACAUUAAACCGGAUAGCUUUUCGUGUCGGCACGAAAAGUUAUCUGGUACUGAGUGUGAAUAGUGGAAUAUAGAAACGUUAUCAAAAGAACUACUAGCAGCAAAGUAUAGGCCUUUUGCAUUACUUGGUCACGUGAUCAACUUUCAGUAAACCCAAAAACAGUUCGCUUUUGGAC